CUGUCUGUCUGUCUGACAAUGCUGGGCUUGGUCAUCACUUUCCUCUUGGCCACUGGAGCCUAUGGGUGUGGGGUCCCCACCUACUCCCCCCACAGCCGAGUGGUUAAUGGAGAGGACGCGACGGCGCACAGUUGGCCGUGGCAGGUCUCCUUGCAGUACUUCAAUGGGCAAGUCUUUGCCCACACAUGUGGGGGGUCCCUCAUCGCCCCAAACUGGGUCAUGACUGCAGCGCAUUGCAUCUCUUCCUCCCGGCAGUACCAAGUUGUUCUGGGGGAGCACGACCGCAGUGUGAGUGAAGGGGGGGAGCAGAUCAUCCCUGUGACCAAUGAAGACAUCUUUGUUCAUGAGAAGUGGAUCAGCAUCUGCGCUGCCUGUGGGAAUGACAUCGCUCUCAUCAAGCUGUCUCGCCCCGCCCUCCUUAACGACCAGGUGGAACUGGGCUGUGUGCCCCCCGCUGGGCAAAUCCUCCCCAACGACUACCCUUGUUACAUCACCGGUUGGGGGCGUCUUACCACCGGGGGGAACCUGCCCGAUAUUCUCCAGCAAGCCCUGAUGCCCGUUGUGGACCACAAGACCUGCACCCAGAGAGACUGGUGGGGGCCGAGCAUCAAGACCACCAUGGUGUGCGCUGGGGGUGAUAUCCGCGCCGGCUGCAAUGGUGACUCUGGGGGCCCCCUGAACUGCCGGGCAGCUGAUGGGACUUGGCACGUCCAUGGCAUCGCCAGCUUUGUCUCCGGGUUGGGCUGCAACGCUCUCAAGAAACCAACCGUCUUCACCCGCGUUUCUGCUUUCAACGACUGGAUUGAUAAUAUCAUCAGAAACAACUAAACGGCAGGAAGGAGUUGGCCAAGGUUGGCCGGGGUCACAUGACCCUACUGAAUGUCUCCAUGGAAACCAUCAUGGCGGAACCUUCUCUGUUCCUACAGAAAUAAAGUCACUUACAUUCAGCAAA